ACAAAGGGCGGAGAGCUGUGUCACAGCCAGCUCAGGUGACAAUAUAUAAAGCAGUUUACCUCCUCAGCCAGCCCACUCAACCUGCCUGGGGUGCGUUCUACACCAUGUCAAGCUUUCCUGUGCUCUCCUGGAUUUAUGUUGUCUUGUGGAUAACUCGCCUUGUAGGAGGAAGCACUUGGCUUGAAGAUAUCGAAGACUAUGAGGUGGUCAGACUCACAAAACUGCAUUCCAUAUACAAGCGGGAUGUGCAGCCACAGUAUCCAGAUACAGUGCACUAUGGAUUGAAAGUAGAUGGGAAGGAGCUUGUGAUCGACUUGGAGAAGAAUGAGGGACUCAUAGCCCAAAAUUAUACAGAAACUCAUUACACGAAAGAUGGAGAGAAGGUGACCAUCACUCCACAUGACCUGGAGGAUUGCUAUUAUCAGGGUCAUAUUCACAAUGACAGUGAAUCUAUGGCUAGUAUUAGCAUCUGUGAUGGAGGGCUCAGGGGAUUUUUCCAGACUGCUGGACAGCGUUACCUGAUUGAGCCACUUCAGGCGAAUGACACGGGAGAUCAUGCUGUUAUCCAGUUUGAGAAAGUCAAUGAGACACCAGCAGUGUGUGGAGUGACAAACACCACAUGGGAUGAUAACUACCCCAAGAUAAACAGGGUGCGCUCCAGGGGACGUUCAUUAACAGAACAGUUGAAAUAUGUUGAACUCUUCAUAGUUACUGAUACUUUACUGUACAAGAAAAUGAAGAAUGACCUCAAUGAAGUACGAAAACGAGUAUUUGAAAUAGUCAAUUACAUCAAUGUGGUGUAUAAGCCCUUGAAGACAUUUGUCGCUCUGGUAGGAUUGGAAUAUUGGACAACUUCUGACAAAAUCAGCAUAACCGCACCAGCUGGUGCAACCCUGGACACAUUUACAAAGUGGCGAAACUCUGAACUGGUGACCACGCUGAAACACGAUAAUGCACAGCUGCUCACGGGAAUUGACUUUGAAGGUGCAACUGUUGGACUGGCUUAUGUGGGGACAAUGUGCUCACAAUAUUCUACAGGAGUAAUUCAGGAUCACUCAGCCUCAAGCACUGCAGUAGGAGCAACUAUGGCUCACGAAAUGGGGCACAAUUUAGGAAUGAGUCAUGAUUCUAGCAGCUGUAUUUGUCAAGAUCCCAGCUGUAUCAUGGCGCCAGCCCUUAGCUACAACAUUCCCAAGCGCUUCAGCAGCUGCAGUUUCCAGAACUACCAGGAUUUUCAAUCUCAGAGAAACCCUGUGUGUUUGACAAAUGUGCCCAAUAUGAAUGACGUGAAGGCUGACCCUGUGUGUGGCAAUGGCUUUUUAGAGCGUGGAGAGGAAUGUGACUGUGGAACAGUAGAGGAAUGCACAAAUAUCUGCUGCAACGCCACCACCUGUAAGCUCACUGCAGACUCACAGUGUGCCACAGGAGAAUGCUGCGAUAACUGUAAGAUAAUACCAGCAGGUACUGAAUGCAGACCCAGCAAGGAUGAGUGUGACAUCCCUGAGGCCUGCAAUGGUGUGUCUGCCACCUGCGGCGAAAAUGUCUUUGCUGUCAAUGGAUUGCCUUGCCAGAGUGGAAAAGGGUACUGUUAUAAUGGCACAUGCCCACUGCUUCCAGAUCAGUGUAUUUCCAUGUGGGGGAAUGAUGCUUUAGUGGCACCUGACCGUUGUUUCAAUCUGAAUACCGGGGGGCAGUACUAUGCAUUCUGCAAGCGAACUUCAACUGGUUAUAUUGCCUGCCAGCAAAAAGAUGUAAAAUGUGGAAAACUGUUCUGCACUGGUGGAUUACCAAACCCCAGCACUGGAAGGAUGGUUUCAAUUGGGGACUGCAAAGCAAGCUUCUACGACCAAAACGAACAGUUUCAGGGACUGGUACUGCCAGGUACAAGGUGUGGUGAUCAACAGGUCUGCAUUGACAAUGGAUGUGUUGAUAUGCAAGCUGCUUACAGAUCAGCCAACUGCUCUUCCAAGUGCAAGGGACAAGCAGUCUGCAAUCACAGACUGGAAUGCGUUUGUCAGCUGGGAUGGAUGCCGCCAGAUUGCACUGUUCGCUAUUCUGACAUAAAAGUCACUACACCAGACACGUCCAGCCAUAUCAUUCCAAUGCCACAUCCACUUCCACAAGGUGUCAUCAUUGGCAUUUGUGUUGCUUGCCUAAUUUUGGUCAUAAUCUGCAUUAUCACCGCAGUGUGCAUCAAAAAGCGUCAAAAACAGACAUCUCAGCAGAGGUAUCCUUCUCAGCAGAACACAUCUGGACUUUACAAUCCAGGUUUUAUUGGACGAGAAAAACUGGACGUCAGAAAUGGGAAUAAUCAGUAUGAAAACCAGUCACCAAUGAGGUCUGCUCCAGCUCCUCCAAUUCCAGCAGGCAGCAAACCUACGAACAGGCCUGUAGCACCUCCACCUUCUGUUCCAACAUUCAUUGCCAAGCCUUUACCUAAGCCAUAUCCUGCUACUGCUCCUCCACCUCCACCUGUGUCAAAAAAACCUGUGCCUUCAGCUCCAGCAGCCCCAGCGGUGUUCUUUAUGCCAACACGACCAGCUGUUCCUACUUCUCAGACAACAAUCUCACCUCAGAAUCUAAGAGCUGCACUCAAGCCAGUGAAUAACCGGAAGGUGUAAAGCAAGAGUUCAAAAGUACUUGAAGGACUGAAGAUUGCUUUCCUUGGGAUCAGUUAUCGCUGCCUGAAAUCCAUAAAAAUGUCUAUGAUGUGUGGCACCAGGUGUAUUCCAAACCAAAUGGCGCCAAUGGUGUAUAUUAUAAGUCAGUGGAACCUGUAGACAGUCUCGUGCCUACGCCCAGACAAGCAGGGAAGCUACUGCAAAAUGACUGACUUGCAAUGCCUUGAAACCCUCUGAAUCAGUGUUCCAGCGCAAGUAGCUGAGCAAAUGACAUCUGGACAAAUGUGCUAUUGAAGUUCUUGUGCUCUACUUUCCUUCUCUACUAUAGUUACAAAAAAUCCAUCGUGCCAAUGCGUCUCUGAAACAGAUGCCUUGGACAACUGCUGAACUCCCCUUAAAAUGCCCAGUAGUGUUUCCAAGUUGUGCUCAUUUCAAUAUUUAUUACAACACGUCGCACGCACAACAUGUGUGCUUCACAAAGUGCCACGGUUAUCAUCCAUCUUCUUUUGUCUUAUCAGUUCAUAUGGGCCAUUCUAUAAAGGAAAAUGUCCUGCUUGAAGCCGCCACCACUGUGUUCAUUCAUCUGUUUCCACCUGAGCACUGUAAAUGUGUGGAUUCUCUUGAAAUGCUUCACUCUCAUCAAAUGAAAAGUUAACCAAAGCCUGUUAGGAAGGAAUUCAAUUUUGAUGUGAACUUCUCUCAUUUCAACGCAGUUCUUCAACUGCUGACCUUCAUGCUUGUCUUCUCCUCCAUCAUUACUAACUCUGCUUUGCUUAUCUCCUCUAGCUAUCUCAGACUAAAAUAAAGGAGUACUUUUAAAACCAUUAAA